GCCAGUGAGUGAAAUGGGGGUGAAAAUAAGAGAAGAAGAAGACGGAACCUAGUAGUUUCUAGAACAAAUGUUUCCAUCCGACGUUAUUUUGAGUGAAGACUCGUGUAAUUUCUGUUGUUUGCUCUUCAAAUUCACGGCUUUACCAUGGAUAACUCAAUGGCUACCCCUGGUCCAAAUAAGGACAACAUCAGAGCUGGGUGCAAGAAAUGUGGAUAUCCGGGCCACUUGACCUUUGAGUGCCGAAACUUUGUCAGAGUUGACCCCCAGAAAGACAUUGUUCUGGAUGUAAGCAGCACCAGCAGCGAGGAGAGUGAAGACAACGAACCUCCACCUCAGCGCAAUGAGAAGCUGGGGCGAAGUAGAGGUUCCCAUGGCGAUGACAACAAUGGUAGAAAAGAAAGACACAAACGGAAGAAGAGCAGCGACAGAAAGUCAAGAAAGAGGUCUAAGUCGUCGAGUGAUGAGAAUACAAAAAAGAAAAAAAAACGCAGAAGUUCCGACUCCUCAUCUGACGAAGAGGAGAGGAGGAAGAAGAAGAAAGUAAAAAGCCAAAAGAAGAAAAGCAAAAAGAACAAAAGGGAACAUGGGAAGCAUCACAAGAGACAGAAGAAGAGGAAACAAGAAUCCUCCUCCCCUUCUUCUUCCAGCUCCAGUGAAUCCUCAGACAUCAGUGACUGAGACAGCUGAACUCUGCAGUGUCUGGAGGUCCAAUAUGUUUAUUCUCCAGUCCAUGAAAA